UUGUCGCCGUUGGAUGUGGAAAGCUAGCAUCGACUGCCUUCACCUAAAACGGUUAUAAAGACAGGGACAUUGCUGAUUUCUGGAUUAUUAAUAAAUCAAAUGGUUUUCUAUCCCAACCCAAUGCGGAGAAAUGGGUAAACUUCAUUCGAAACAUGCUGCUGUUUGUAAACCGAGGGAGAGCCCAGAAGGUGAUAGCUUCGUAGUUAAUGCCUGUUUGGCCAGGAAAGGAAUUGACGAUUGGAUCGUUAAACAGAGAUACUAUUGUACCGGGUCGCGACUGGAGCAACAAGACUGUCAGCACAAAACUACCUGCAGACUGUCGACACGGGACCCCUCAGAUGAAGCGUGUGGAGAAGGGAUCAGUGAUGAACAUUACCGCUUAGAAGUGGCUCUCCCCCCGGAGAAGACGGACAGCUGCUGGGCGGAAGACAAGAUCCAAGAGAAGGAGAGCCAGGCACCCGAGGUGGCCAAGAAACAGCUCAAGUUUGAAGAACUGGAGUGUGCUGUCUCUCUGGAGGAGGACAACAGGCAGGAGUGGACAUUCACCCUGUAUGACUUUGACAACAAUGGCAAGGUUACCAGAGAGGACAUUACCAGCUUGCUGCACACUAUUUACGAGGUGGUAGAUGCAUCUGUAAACCACUCCCCCAGCACCAGUAAAACCCUGCGGGUCAAGCUGUCCGUGGCCCCGGACUCCAGUCAGAAGUGGAAGAGCUCGCUGCAAAGCGCUGCAGACACUCCCCACUCUCGACAGAAGGCAGACAAGUGUAUUGAAGACCCCAAAAACUUCGAUAAAAAGAUCCGGGCCCCGCUCAGACGUCAUCACAGUGAUCACCACACCCAGCAGGGCUGCCAGCGCCACUGUGUGGACGAGAACCUGGAGCGCAGGAACCAUUACCUGGACCUGGCAGGCAUCGAGAACUACACAUCCCGCUUUGGUUCAGGGCCUAGCACAGAGCCAGCAGCUGUGGGUCAGACCAGAUCUCGCUCUCAUGAGCCGGAGAAUGGCCACUCUUACUCACACCAUCGCCGCUCGCAGGCUGCUGAGAAUGUAGUCCACAGUCUCCCGGCCACGGAGACUCUCUGCCCCCGGCCACGAGGCCAGGAAUUAGGCAGACAUGCCCUGCGCUCACCCAAGACCCACGGCCGGACGCCCACUGCGCAGACGUCUGGGAGAGCCACAAGGAGCCGGGGAGCCCCUCCCCCACCAGCACUGCUAAGCUCCAACCCCCCAUACCAGUCCUCCGUGCCCUACAAGAGGCACAAACAGAGGGUCAAGGAGAGCCAGCAGGCAUACCGGGCUCUGGGCUCACUGGGGGCCCCAGGGGCAAUGGUUGAGAAGGAGCAGGUGCGUGACCUUCCCAGCAUGCUGCUGUAUGAAGGUGGCCUGGGCCAGGUGGUGCAGAGGCACGAGCACCACCACCAUCAUGAGCACCAUCACCAUUACCACCACUUCUACCAGUCGUGACUCACCUUACCAUGCAGUAUAAGCACCAUACCCACUACAUGUGCAUAUUCAGAACUCUGUACAAAAGCAACUGCAGACUGCUGGAGGGAGGACCUC